AUGGGCAAUGUGGUGUUUCAUGUGAGCAGUACUAUGUUGCAUCUGUUGCAAAUGAAGGGUCUUUUUGGAGGACUUGCCCAUAAGGACCUUUAUAACCACAUCCGAAACUUCAUGGAUGUGUGUGGGCCAUUUUCAUUCAAGAACAUCACCCAAGAGUCGGUCCGACUUAGCAUGUUUCUCUUCUCUGUAAUGGGGGAAGCAAUGAUGUGGUUGGCUGAUUUACCAAGGGAAUCAAUUACUUCUUGGGAGGAGAUCACCGGGGCAUUCUAUGAAAGGUUCUUCCCUCCUUCAAAGAUGGUUAAGUUCAGGGAUAUCAACAAAGGUGUUGUAGACCAGCUCAUUCAAGGAGGAAUAAUGCAACAACUGUUUGACAUAGCAUCUGUCCUCCAUGAUGAGAUGACAAAAAUUAAUCGUGCAUGGUACACGAGAGAAGAUCUGAUGUCUCCUUUGAAUUUUGGGAUGACAAAUGAACAGUUGGAGAAGAAUCAAGAGCGAGAUAAAAAUAUGGCCAAAAUGAUGACCCAAAUGAACCUAUUGACGAAACAUGUCAUGGGAAGUGGUACUAAGGUUGUGUAUGCGGUCGGAAUUGGCAGAGUUAAUCCUGAUGAAGGGGUGCUCGUCCAAACUAUCCAAGGCCGGGUAGAAAUCAACGUUGGAAUAGGGACCGUGAUAAUGGUUGGAGAGAUCGAGAUAGGGAAUGGUGUGAGCGUGGUACAAAUUGGAGGGAAUGGCGACAAAUAUCGCUAUGUUCCCCCUCAUGAGCGUCAAAAGCCAAAAGAGUCAAGGGUUGAUCCUAAAAAUUUCCGCACAGAAGAUAUGCUUGCUCGUAUCCUCAACAAAGUGGAAGGAUCGGACAAAGUGCUAAAGAAAAUGAAAGAUGAUGUCUCUUCUCUGAACGAAACAAUUAUUUCACACUCGGUGUCUAUUAAGCAGCUAGAAACACAGAUGAGUCAAAUCUUGGCUCAUUUAAACCCAAGGCCAAAAGGGGGUUUACCAAGCGAUACCAUGGUUAAUCCGAAGAAUGAAUCUUGA